AGCAGGAGGCCCGGCAGGAGGUGGACCGCAGCGCCUACUUUACUACUCUCUCUCUACUCUCAAAUUUAACUUCUCUGUCCAAGAUGACUCCCGAGGACGUCGCUCGCAAAGUUCUGCGUGACGCACUACUGAAGGAGAUGGUGGCAAUAGAUGAUUAUAUAAAAGUCACGCAGAAACGCAGAAGAGAAUUAGCAACAUUUCGUGUUGUAGACAUUCGUUCAUCAGUUAAUGAAUUAAAAGGAAAGCUUCCAUCUACAACGAAUAAGGGGUCUCAGAGUUCACGUAAAGAAUUAUAUCAGCAGACAGGAGGGACCAGUGUUACAUUCGACAUCAUUGAGAAGGAAAAAGUGGACAAGGCCACAAAAAAAGAUCAGAACACAAUUAUGAAAGACAAAAUGCAAAAAGAUGAGAAGACUGGCAUGUGCUGCGACAAAGCCAAGGCAGUGGACAGACCCACAAAAGAAACAACACAAGAGGACAACAUUAAGAAACAAGAGCUAGAAAAGCACAGUGACAGAGGAAAGGCAGUGGGCAGACCCACAAAAGAAGCAACUCAAGAGGACAACAUUAAGAAACAAGAUCUUGUAGAGUUCAGUGACAAAGGAAAGAAAGUGGACAGACCCACAAGCGAACAAGACUGCAAGAACAAAAGUAGGUUGGAUGAUGUGGUUGAAGAUAAUAAUGUAAAGCUGCAGGCUGACAAAAGAGGACUCUAAGAAGACGAGAAGAACAAGUUCCAGAACAGCUAGAGGAGAAGGGGAGGAUAGAGUUAAUGUCAUUCGCAAAAAAAUAGAAGAUAUAUUUUUUGGUAUUUGCUAAAAAUGGAAGAUAUAUAUAUGACUAGGUCCUUGCUCCUAAGAGACCACAAGGAAUCCCGAAUGUGCCUUGCAAGAUUAUGACAAGAUGAGUAUCGUCUGAAGAUGAGGAGGACCAAUUUUCAGUUGCUUAUUUUCGAUUUCGUUUUGAUAUGGGAUAUCAUUUCUAUUUUUAAGCAUCAUUUUAUUGCACUUGUGUUCCGAACUUUGAAUCUCGGGUUUCCAUUACUAAACAGGAGAACAAGUUUGCCGUUGUUCAAGAAAUUAGACGUGACUUUUGAGAACUUUCACUUGUAUUAUAAUAAAAAUCAGCCUUUUUUAUUGUAUUGUUGAUUUAAAAAGGAAGAUUCACUGUGACUAGGUAACAUUUAUAUGCUUUGGACUUUAUUAAUCUUUAACGAAAAAUUAAUAUAUACAGUAUACGCAUAUUAAUUAUUUCUUAAAGCCUAUUCUAGCCGGCUAGGUAGAAAGAAAUUCGGUGUACUUUAUUUGUAUAUUUGAUAUAGGAUAUGUUUCUGCAAU